GUUAUAUUCUGUUGUAAAUUUUAUUAAAAGCUUGAAAGGAAUAACAAACAAAUAUUCCUUGUAGCCAUGAUUGACAAUGUCGGUGGACCCCAGCGAAUGAACAAUCUGCUUACAACAUUAGAUUUACCAUUCAUAAAUAACAGAAGUUUGAAAACUAUGGAAAGGAGGGCUGGGCAGAUUAUUGAGAAAUAUGCCAAAGAUAACAUGAAGGAAGAAAGCAUGAUGGCCUUUGAGAAAGAAAUGAUAGCUGUUUCACAGAAAGAAGAGGGAGAUUUUAAAGAGGAGUUUACUGAUUUGGGGGUAGCAGUAAUUCCUGAUGAAUUUAUCGGGGAUGUUUCCAGAAUGCCGGAAUCAGUUUGCAAUGAAAUUGACCAUGAUUCCUCACUUGAUUCCCUUGAUCAUGACCAUUGCUCUGGAGGGUCCAAACUCAAAUUUGAUGAAAAGAAAGUUGUGCCAGAUUGUAACGCAGAAGACAGUUUCCAAAAAAAUGAAAAUGCAUCUUCUUGUACAAUUGAUCAUCACCAAGGCUCAGGAAUGCCAGGCUUCACUCAUGAUGGCCAUAAAACACAGAAGAUACAUCCGGCAGUGAAAAAGAAACUUUCCUUUGCUCCUAAAAGUCGUAGAGGCAUGACAGUUUGCAUCGAUCAUGGGUGGCAGAAAAGGGGGUUUGACAGUCUAACAGGUCAUACAUUUAUGAUGAGCAAGGAAAAUAAAGUUCUGAAGACUGUCAUAAAGCACCUUACUUGUGGAGUAUGUAAAUGGUGGAGAAGAAACAGAACAGGGCUAAAAGUCAGAGAACAUCGCUGUGUGUGGAAUCAUAAAGGGUCUGCGAGGGCUAUGGAAAGUGAGGCAGGCCUGAAGGCCAUCAAAGACAUGAUCCAACAAGGCUUUUAGUAAAAGUGGUCUGUCUCCGGGUCAUUUCAACAUGAAGUUCUCUAGCAAAGUAGAUGAAGACAGGAAAAAGAAAAGAGAAAAGAUGAGACUACCAGAGACCAAACGUCGUCGUCUUAUCCUAAAACAAGAAAGAGCAACUCAAAAGGAUGCAUUUGAGGCUUCAGAGGGGUCCACUUAUCAAUCAGAGGUUGGUCUUGGUGCAGAAGCUGACAUUGAAAAAGUACCAGAUCCCAUUACCAAGCCAACAUUUAGUGCUGUUCAAAAGCUGAAGAACAUGAAGCCAACAUUCAUUGUUUUUGAUCUGGAAACAACUGGGCUUAUCAGACAAGGAGCCAUGCCUCAUAUUACUCAAAUUGGUGCUGUGGAGAUGGAGUCUGGAGAUUCAUUCUCGACUUAUGUUCUACCAAAAAUACCCAUAGAGCCUGGAGCAGAGCAAACGACAGGAAUAGUCUGUGAUGGAACAUCAGUUUAUGCUAAUGGAUCCAAAGUUGUUGCAGUUCCCAUUCGUGACGCAGUUUCAAAUUUUCUUACCUGGUUGAGUACAUUUAGGAAUAAUGGAGUCAUCAUCAUAGCUCACAACGGUCGAGUAUUUGAUUUCCGAGUCCUUUCCUAUGCUGUUGAACGGAUUGGUUUACAGAAACAGUUUCUUGAAAAUGUGUCAGGUUUUACUGACUCGUUGUCUUUGAUUCGAUCAAAACAUAAAAAACUAGAAAAGUAUACACAGAUAUAUCUUGCUAAGCACUUUUGUAAAGAGUCAUAUUCUGCACAUGAUGCUGUAGAAGAUGUGAAAAUGCUUUCCAAAAUAUUAUCUAUUGCUAUUUGUAAAUCUGAUCUGUCCAAAUCUGCAUAUGAUGCAGAAACACAUU